CCUCUUCUAAUCUCUGGAGAUGAACCCUGGCGCCAAACUUUCAGCCCUCACUUUCUACUCCACCACACGAGACCACUGUAGAGAGAGAAAAGAGUAGAAAAAUAUGGAAAUCGUGAGAUCUCAGAGAAAAAUUUCUGCCGGCGACGUCGCCGUCAUCUCCACCUUCCCUCUCUACCGCACUCCUCCUGUACUCGAAGUUCGCCUCGACGAUUUUGAACUAUUCGCCAUUGAUCGUCUCCGAGUGCUGAAAGGAAUUUCCGACGGACUUUCUCGGGGAAAGAAGCCUGAUGAAAUCGAAAGACUGGUGAACGAUUUGUGGAAAUCACACAUCAGACAUCCGCAGGCUUCAGAGUCGGAGACUAUUAACAAAGACAUCAUCUCUCACUUCGUUCUCCGGCUUGUUUAUUGCAGGACGGAAGAAUUAAGGAAGUGGUUCUUGUCAAUGGAAACAACUCUCUUUCGCUACCGAUUUAAGCUUGAGGGUUUCGAAAGUCAGAGAGCUAUACUAGCGGAGUUCAAUCUUCCCUAUAAAGCAGUUAGCAAUGCAGAAUACAAGAGUGUGGAGGAGAAGCUAACACAAGUUGCAAGAUCCCUUGGGCAGUCUGUGACCAGAUCCGAUGACAUAUUCUACAAGGUACCGUUUGAAGAAGUUCCUGAACUUGUUGCUGGACGCAAAGUGUACGUCCAUAAAGGGCAUGCCUAUGUUGCUAUGAAUCAGGUUGUUUCUCUUGUUGUCACACAAUUUCGCAGCAAUCUAUCCAAGGCUCUUAUACUCACGAAUAGAAAAUGGACCUCUAUGAUCAGUGACAAGGAGAAGAAUAGGUUGACUCCGAUUGUUGAAGCUCUUAGCACAAGCUACCUUGGUCCUGACUAUUCCGAGGCGAAGGGGUUUGGAGAGAUAUCACUGAAAGACCUUGAUCGAGUAGCAAAUAGCUCAUUUCCGCUCUGCAUGCGUCACCUAUUUGAUAAGCUAAAGGAAGACCAUCACCUCAAGCAUGGAGGCAGGAUGCAGUUAGGUCUAUUUCUCAAGGGUGUCGGAUUACCAUUGGAUGAUGCUCUUACCUUUUGGAAAUCGGAGUUCUCCAAGAAGGUUGGUCCUGAUAAAUUUGACAAAGAGUAUGCUUACGGCAUACGCCACAACUAUGGAAAAGAAGGCAAGAGAGUGGAUUAUACACCAUAUUCUUGUCAGAAGAUCAUCACAAGUGCUCCUGGUGUUGGAGAUCAUCAUGGCUGUCCUUAUCGGCAUUUUAGCGAGGACAACCUUAGAGCUGCGCUUAAUAAAAUGGGAGUGAGUAGUCGGGCAAUGUCUGAUGUAAUGGACAAAGUCCGAAACAAACACUUCCAGUUGGCAUGCACCUUAACGUUUGAAGCUAUUCACGGUUCGUCCUGUGAUGCUGGAAUCAAUCAUCCUAACCAGUACUUCAGUGAUAGCCAAAAGAUUCUGCAAUCGAAGGUCCUUCUGAACAAUCCGUCUGCAUGAAGAUCAUUAACUUAGGGCUUGGGUGUCAAGGUGGAGUUUUGUUAUUGCUUUUGCCUUCAGGUGAGUAUACCGUUCUGCUGGAAUCAUGCUUUUCUAUGUGGUCCUGGCGACAUCUUCUGUCUUGUUUUAUGGGUAAGUUUACGUGUGCGAAGCAAGGGAAAUGCCUUCACUGAGUUAUGUACUUAACAAAGUUGAUUGAAGGGAUUAAAAUAUACAAAAAGCAAUGAGAAUGACGGCACUUAAUCAGCGCCUUUAGGAUGUAAAAUAUCAGUAUCAGUUACAAUAAUAACAACUUUAAUGUUCAUAAUCAUCUUUUUCGUUUGUUGUAUGUGAGUUUGAAAGUUCCCCUGAAACGUGGAGGAAUUUUUUCUUUUUAUAUAAUUAGUUCCAUGCUCUG